CGGAAGACGAAUUGGGGAAAUGGCAAAUGAUGUCAAAGACCAGCUGAUGGCAAAACUUCAGACAGUUCUGUUUUCCCUUCAAAUCGACGAGACGACAGAUGUUACUAAUGAUGCGCAACUGUUAACAUUUGUGCGAUACGAGGACAGUGGCACUAUGUGCGAGGAAUUUCUUUUUUGCAAACCACUGCCCGGGCGAACUACCGGUGUAGAAAUAUUUAAAGCACUGGACGAUUUUUUCACGGAGCACAAUAUCUCGUGGCAGAGGUGCGUUGCAUUAUGCAGCGAUGGGGCCCGAGCCAUGAGUGGCAGCAAGACUGGACUGUUUGCGCAUGUAAGGAGGGUGGCUCCGGGGGUAAUUUGGACACACUGCCUGAUUCAUAGAGAGGCUCUCGCCUCCAAAGAUCUCAGUGUUGAGCUCAGUGGUGUGUUUGAUGUCGUUGUCAAGACGGUCAACUUCAUAAAACGAAACGCAUUGAAUACACGCCUGUUUUCAUCCCUAUGCCAUGACUUGGGAAGUGAACACAGCUCUCUCCUUUAUCAUUCAGAGGUGCGUUGGCUGUCUCGCGGCGCUGUGCUCGCCCGUGUGUUUGAACUACGCGGAGCUAUCUACGAGUUCUUGUGCGAGAAGCAUUCUGAUCUGGCUUCCAAUUUCAACGAUAGUUACUGGUUAACUAAGCUGGCGUACCUCACAGAUGUUUUUGCAGAGCUGAACAAGUUGAACAGCUCCAUGCAAGGGAGAGAUGCAAACGUCAUGCAGCUCUACGAGAAGCUCGACGCAUUUGUGAAAAAAAUGUCAAAGUGGAUCGAACGAGUGGAGAGCAAUAACUUGGCGAUGUUUCCUUCAGUUGAGGAAUACCCUGACAGCACUGACAUCAACGACACUAUAUGUGAGCAUUUGAGGAAGCUUGUGCGUCAAUUCGCAAAGUACUUCACUGAUUCGGAAGAGUGGCGCCGUGACAGCAAGUGGAUCCUGCUCCCAUUCAGUGACGAUGCAUCAGUAGGGUCAAGUCUGACGGCUGUGGAAGAGGAUAAGCUGAUUGAGAUGUCCACAGACUCUGUCAGGAGGCAUAUGUACGACACACAGCCCCUUGUUAAAUUCUGGAUAAGUUGCCAGACAGAAUUUCCACAGCUUGCUGCAAAAGCAAUGAGGUGUCUUUUGCCCUUUCCAACCACAUACCUGUGUGAGAGUGGUUUUUCUACACUGGCGUACUUAAAGAAUAAGUACAGGGCUAGGCUUGAUCCAGAGAAUGACAUGAGACUGUCUCUGUCUACCAUUUCGCCACGAAUAGACAGGCUGUGUGGACUUCACCACGCCCAGAUAUCACACUGACAGCAGGUGAUUGGUGACAGGUCUGUCCUGGCUGGGUUAUAAAAGCCCUGACCAGCCAGCAGUUGAGGCUGCCUUGGUCUUCAUUUGUUGGAUUUUGGUUCUCCGGUGUUGUUGGAUUUUUGUUCUCCGUUGUUGUUUUGUCACACACCUAGACUGACUUUGCAUGACAUUUUUAGUUACUUUUCCCAAUACUGAAUUGCACAACACUUUAUUAUUCUUUAUUCUUUCUUUAAAAUAAUCUUUAAUUUAAUUUAAUUUAAUAAAUCUACUUUUAUUAUUAUAAAAUCUGCGUGGCCUCUCUUUCAUGUUUCAUGCAUUGAGCUAUGCAUGUAACACCAAAUACACACGCGCACGCGCAGGCACAUCAGUGGGCCGCGGAUUGCUUUCUAGUCCGAAUGGUGGUCCCUGGGACAAAACCAGUUGAAAACCCCUGCUUU